AUGCUCGCUAGUUUGGUCGGUAUCGCUGUAGCGCUCCGCAUCCUCGUCGCGCUCGCCUUCACCGCUCGGCGGGAGUGGGGUGCACGGCGGCCCGACAGCAGUCGAUCCAACCCAUCGGCAGCAGCAAGGCUCGACGUGCCUCUUGCCAGCAUCAAGUGUGAGCCUCUUCAUGAGCCCCUUGCAGGCCAGGCCACCAUGCAGUGGAGCAAGGAGACGCCCUCGGCCACCACAGCGCUGCUCAAGUUCAGCCCCCAUGCCGACCCUGCUGUGCGUGCCGUGUGCCUGCCUCUCCCCCUCACCCCCUCUUCAACCCCUCAACCCCUCACGCUGUCACCCACUCACUCCCUCACACCCCUUCAAUCAACCCCUCAUUCCUGCAUUCUCUCACAGCCCUUCAAUCAACCCCUCAUUCCUGCAUUCUCUCACACCCCUUCAAUCAACCCCUCAUUCCUGCAUUCUCUCACACCCCUUCAAUCAACCCCUCAUUCCUGCAUUCUCUCACACCCCUUCAAUCAACCCCUCAUUCCUGCAUUCUCUCACACCCCUUCAAUCAACCCCUCAUUCCUGCAUUCUCUCACACCCCUUCAAUCAACCCCUCAUUCCUGCAUUCUCUCACACCCCUUCAAUCAACCCCUCAUUCCUGCAUUCUCUCACACCCCUUCAAUCAACCCCUCAUUCCUGCAUUCUCUCACACCCCUUCAAUCAACCCCUCAUUCCUGCAUUCUCUCACACCCCUUCAAUCAACCCCUCAUUCCUGCAUUCUCUCACACCCCUUCAAUCAACCCCUCAUUCCUGCAUUCUCUCACACCCCUUCAAUCAACCCCUCAUUCCUGCAUUCUCUCACACCCCUUCAAUCAACCCCUCAUUCCUGCAUUCUCUCACACCCCUUCAAUCAACCCCUCAUUCCUGCAUUCUCUCACACCCUCACGCCUCCAUUUCGUCAGCCCCACAACCCCUACCCUGCCACCCCCACACCUCCUCACCCCCUCAUCUUCCCACCCCUUAACCGCUCAUUCUCUCAUCCCCUCACUCCCUCGUGCUCUCAUCCCUUCCUCGUCAUCCGCUUAA